UACGUCAUUCAUCCACACGUAACGGAAUAAAUUAAGUUCAUGAGCCGCGCAAUAAGCUAAUUUUUUUUUCUUUUCGUUUUCCACCUGCUAAAGAACGUAGACUUUAUUGACUUUUGUUUACAGACUUUUCCCCUUUGAAAACUAUUUAGUAUGCCAAUUUGGUUAAUUUAGUAAUCUCAUGAUAUGUAAUUUUUAUUUAUGAAGAAUAAUUUAAAAAAGUGAAUCCAAAAAAAAAAAAAAAAAAAAUGGCUCAGGGUACAGAAGAAAAUCGACCCCAUCAUGAGACAGGUCACCAUCAAAAGGAUCUCAUGGAUCUGGUGAAGGGAAAUGGACCUUGGCAGUGGAUGGUUUGUGCGGUGGUCCUCGCAGUCAACUUCCCAGAUGGAGCCAAUAAUAUGUCUAUAGCUUUCAUGGCUCCCAAUGUCGAUCACUGGUGCGCACGGCCACCUGGCAUCAACAUGACCGUGGAACAAUGGAAGGAGAUUGCCCUACCUCCCAAUGACCCACAUUGUUCUAGGUAUAGAUAUAUAAAUAUUUCAUUGGCUUCUGAAAAUAGCAGCUCAUCUAGAGAAACAGUACCCUGCGAAUCGUGGGAAUACGAUCAUUCCAUUUACGCUUCAAGCAUUGUUAGCCAAUGGAACUUAGUCUGUGAUCGAGCGUGGCUCGUUUCAGUGGCCAAGUCCAUUUUUGCUGCUGGGUACUUCCUUUCAUGCACUUUGUUCGCAUAUCUUACAGAUAAGUUUGGCAGAAAACCACUGAUUCUUGCAUGCAAUAUUCUUGCCAUUGUGAGUGGAAUCUCUUGCAUUUUUUCUACAUCAUUUCACAUGUUCGCCAUAUCGAGAUUUUUCGUCGCAGCCGGACUCACUGGAUGCGACCAUGCAGCAUCUGUCUUGAUGAUAGAGAUUGUCAGUCCUAAAUACCGAGCGCCUUAUCACGUUAUAACUGGCAUGGCGUGGCUCGCCGGAGUGUGUCAUCUUCCGCUCAUCGCCUUGUGGUUGAGGAAUUGGAUUUACAUAAAAAUCGCCAUCGUGCUGCCGAGUGUCUUUAUACUUUCCAUUUGGUGGCUUUUACCCGAAUCCCCUCGAUGGUUGUUGGCGCACGGAAAAACAGAAGAAUCCCUGAAGAUUCUAUCAAAAGCUGCAAAAACAAAUGGAUUAAAAAUUUCUGAUGUUAAAUUAAGGGAAAUGGUAUUAAGUCUGAAAGAGCCAGAUGUAGAUGAAAAGCCCAGAACCAAUUGUUUGCAGCUAUUUCAAUCAGAAAUCAGAAUGCGGACUCUUCUCAUAUGGUACAUUUGGGUGGUGACGGCUUUCGUCUUUUACGGCAUAGCUUAUAACACCAAUGAGUUAGCUGGAGACCCCUUCGUUAAUUUUACCAUCUUCAAUCUCAUAGACGUUCCAGCAUCUUUAACCAUUUUAUGUUACAAGGGACGACGGAAGCCUUUAGCCGCCUGUUUAGCUUGCGCGGGAGUGGCUUGCUUGCUCGUGUACCCUAUUCCAGCAGACCUUAUGUGGCUGCGGACAGCUGUUUCUCUGAUGGGGAAGUUCUGCAUCUCAGCCACUUUCACCGUCUUGGGCUUAUUUACUACCGAAAUCUUCCCCACUAUUUUGCGAAUUACAGGUUUAGGAUCAGCGUCAGCGGUUGCUCGUAUCGGAGCUAUCCUCGCUCCUUUUGUCAGAGAGCUGGGACGAGCAAACCAUCCUGUAUUCCCACAGAUUCUGUUUGGAGUUCUCAGCGUCUCGGCUGGCGGACUGGCACUGCUGCUACCGGAGACGAGCAAUCGCAGCGUGCCAGACACUGUUAGGGAGGCAGCACAAAUCUCAAGGAAAAAGGAUUCCGAGGAAAAUCCAGAGAAAACAUGGAUGUUAAAAGAUUUUAAUGACGGAAGUGAAAGUGAGGAUUUAGUAUUCGACUGAUACAAGUAAUAACUUCUGUAUAAAGCGUAAUAAGAAGUAAAAAGAAGAAAAUUGUAUAUAUAAAAUAUAAAGAAGAAAAAAAGAGCAAUAACAAAUAUGGAAAAGACUGAAAGAAAAUUUCAAAAAGUGUGUUUUGUAAAUAUGUGAAAUAUACUAAGAAAAUGUGUUUAAAAUGUAUUUGUUAAAAUGCAAGGUCUUACAAGGAAAUAUAUCAGGCCAAAAUGCAAAGACAAAUAAAGACCGAAAUAAGCAUUUUUCACAAGACUGCUUGCUUUGGAAAUGUUGCAUUUGAGCACUGGGGACUAAUCUGUGCUUAAAGAUUUGAAAUGACAAGUAAGGCUCACAUACUAUACGCACAAUCACCUGUUAUUGGAGAAAACUUGCAUUUUUUUUUAUCAAGAAUGUUAAUUUUCAACUUAGAUCAAACGAAUAUUAAUUAAUUAUCUAGUAUUUGGACCUAUAACUGUGGAACAUUUCAAAUUCUAGUUCAGUCAGUGUGGCUGGACUACUUACUCGUAAAUUUAAAACUUAAUGCUUCUACUUGCCUAAUUUAGAUUUGUUGUUACUUUUCAAUAAAUCUCAGCAUGGUUCUUGAAGACAGCACAUUUAUUAGACAUAGGAAACGAAAAGAAAAGAACACAGGUAUUGACAAAUACACACACAGCAUCAUGUUAAGCAGUUCGCGGGAGGAAUGGGCCAGAACGAAGCAGAAGCGUAAUUACACAGAUAUUCCUACGCUAGAAAAAUAGUCCGCUCGCUUCAUCCCAACAGGAUUUUUAAAAAAUGAGUUCUGGCAAUGAUAUUUAGAAGGAAGCGAAGUUCGAAUAAUUCUUGAGGCCAACAAACAAAUUGAUAAAAAAUUAUUUCAAAAAUAAAAUUAAAGACAAGCAAAUGAAACAAGCUUUUAAUGGAUUUUGUUUUUAGGGGGCUAUAAAACUUUUAAUUUUUCGAAAUUUUUUAAUGAUUUCAUUUGAUAGCCAAAAUCUAGCCGUAUGUUUAAAUCAUUUUAAGGUAUUGCACAUGGAUGUAUGUUAAUUAGUUUAAAAGAUAUAGUUAAAAACGUGAAGGUAACUGUUGAAUUGAAACGUGAAGGUCACUGUUGAAUUGAAACGUGAAGGUCACUGUUGAAUUGAAACGUGAAGGUCAUUGUUGAAUUGAAAUGUGAAGGUCAGUGAUAUUUAAUUGUGGUAUUCUUGAACAAAGAAGUUUAAUAAAGGGUUUUUUUUUUUAAGUCAUUUUUCAGAAUACUACAUUUUCAGAGUUUGAGCACAUGAUUAAAUAAAAAUAUUCCAUCGUAUCAGUAUGAAAUUUUCCAAGUAUUCUCAUAUAUACAUAAUAAAAAAAACCAUGCAAAAUCAAAGAAUUAUUAUGAAUACUUUUUUCAGUACUUGCUAAUAUACCAAAAAUAUUUUUUAAAGAGUUUUAUCUUAUUUUAACGACAUGAAAAGUAAAAUAACUCCAGUAAUUCUAUUAAAAUAUAUUUCACUUUGCAUGAUUACCACGUUCUUAUGAAGUAAACUGGUGCAACAUUUACUAAUAUAAGUUGCUCAUUUUCUGAAAAACUUUACCUUCAAACAAAUUCUACCUUCUACAAUUUAUACGAAACGUUUUUUUCACAUAUGUUUUAAUUAAUAAAAAAGAUUUCACUGACUUAAAAAAAUUAUGAUUAUGUUAAAUGUUUUACAAAGCUAUGUUUUAAAAAAACCUAACCAAGUUUAAAAAUUUUUCCUAACAGUAUAGAGAGUUGCAUCUGACCAACUUUGACCUUACCGAAGUCUGUUUUAGCUCUUAAAGCCCUAUAACCCCUUGAAUUUGAUGCUUCAACGAAUUAUCCUAUCAUAAUAUGCUCCUUUUCGGUGAGUGAGCACCUAUUUGUCCAGCAUGUAACACUGAUUUUAAUGUGAAGCAUAUUUUGGUCGAAUGUCCAUCAUUUAAUUCUCAUCGCCAGAACUUCUUCCAUUCAUCUUCUGUCAAUAUGAUUGACUUGGUGGGUGAGAAACACCACCCAAAUAUCUUUAACUUUUUAAAGGCAGUUCAGUUUUUUAUUUGCAUUUAAUACUUUUUGACAUUAAUAAUUAUUUUUUACUAUGCAACACCUAUUUUCCUUUUCAAAAUCAUUAUUCAUAUUGUAAUUCUUAAAUUUUACAUUGAGAGUACGUGUAAAAAGUUUUAUCAUUAUUUAGCAUUUUUAUUCUUCUAAUAAGUUUAUUUUAAUAUGGCCUGAUGUCAAACCAUAUGCUUGGCGCAGUAUGGCCAAAGAUGGCUCUUGAGCCAUAAAACCAAACCAAACCAAACCAAACCUAUCAUAAUAUGCCCAUUUUUGGCACAUGGGCUCCUAUUUAAUUUCAAAAAAUCAGGUAUAUCUGAUGAAUUUGUUGUUGCAGCAAAAUCCAGUGAUUGGAUUUUAGUGGAAUGUCUAUCUGUCUGACUACUUGAUAAGAAAUCAAAUGUGAUAAUUCUGGUAAUUGCGAUGUUCAAGAAAUAGAGCUAUCUUACUCAGUGUUGUAUCUUGCAAACAUGUUCUUUUCUAUACUAUCUAGAAAAGGAAUCCAAAUGAAGUUCAUUUGCCAUAUUUUAUUGCAAAAAUAACUUUAUUUUGACUCUUCUACUACCUUUUAUAAUUUGAAGUAAUGUUUUCAAGACGUUCUGUUUAUAACCGUUCGGGUUCCUAUGUUAUAUUGCAUUGUUGUUGCUUCCUAAAAUAUUAUUUGAAAACCUUCAGAAUAUUACUUCAUAAUUUUAUUGAACAUAUUUUAUUGCAAAUUGUUAAAGAGGGAAUUUUGUAAUAGAUUUUCUAUUCACUUUCUUUUGUGGUAACGUUUUAAAAUUUUGAAUAUUCUCUUGUUCUCUAUGACGAUUCAAGAUUUUAAUAUUUUUAUUGAUUAGUUAUCAAUUAAUUGAUUAAUUUAAUAAAAAUUUAAUUCCGUAGUAGACGCUUUACCUGCCAAUGAAUUUAAAGCAAAAACUUUUCAAAAAUAUGUAUAAUAACCAAUGAAAAGAAAAAUUUAAAAAUUUCUAUCUUUUAGUAUUUAAUGAAAGUAUGUUUUUAUAAACUGUUUUCAAUAAAUUUAAUUGUUAUUUUAGUAGUAUUUUUAUUUUAAUUUGGCAUUUCUUUAUAAAUCUAAUUUAGCGUAUUUAUCUUUUGAAUCUCAUCAUUGUUUUAUGUCGAUGUUUAAAUAGUUCAAAGUUGUUGGAGAUAGAGUUUUAUUUCAUUUUGACCAUCAAUAGAUUUUCCACACUCAGAGCAAAGAGAUAAAAAUCCCUAAUGCUUACAACAUUCUUUUAAAGAUACCUAAUAUCCCCUUGGCUAAAUCGAUAUGUGGAAAAGAAAUCCCUAUCAGAAUCUUAUAGUAAAAUCACUAGAGGGAAAAAAUUCCCUCUCUUUCUCUGUACAAAUUUUAACUCCCGUGGUGGAAUAAACCGAAAUUUAAAAUUUCAAGUUUUUUCUUUUCGGCCACUAGUCUACUAAAAUUAUGUUUACAAUCUUACGUUUUAAGUAAUUUUUUAUAUGUUUUCUUAUUUAUAUGUUCCUAAAAAAUUAUAAUAUAUAUCUGUAAAUAAAUUUUUACUAUUUUAAAAACA